GGCUGGUGUUACUGUUAUGCAGAUCUCCAUAAGGGUGGUAGCUAGAACUGACAUAAUAUUGCUAGCUGACUUGCUGGGAUAGCUAUUAACGUUACCUUAUGCCGUAUUCUUAUUUCUCUGGUAUUAACUAAAUUGUAGUUUGGAAACUGUUUUCGACAUAACAUUGUCUUCAUAACGGGGUUGAUAGAGCUGUGGGAGCUUGACAAGUUGUGCAUGCUUUUGAAAACUUAGCCUGUUAGCUAGUUUAGCUAGCCGGGGGUUGGCACUGGGGAACAGACUCGGAGAGCUGACCAGCUGGCUUGCUAGCCACUUACUACCAGUCAGUUAGCUAAUGUUAUUGGCCAAGCUAACGGUACUGUAACAAUGCAGGUUAACUAGAUAGCUAUAUUCGCUAGCUAACUGUUAAGGCUAGAUAAAUCGUUUCAGGUAAACUGUGGUGUAGCUACAUGGAUUCGAUAGCUAGUUAGCCUGACGACAAGAACAUAACAUCUUGGCUUAACGUUAGUCCUCGCUACUGUACUUUUUUUGUUUCGUGAAGGGGAAGAAUGGAGAGAGAUACUAUUUUGAGAUACAUUGACAAAUGAAUUUAUCUGGCAAAGAUUGAUUUACAAGAAUUGGAUCGGACCUGGCGUUGACAAGCAAGCUAUAAACUCACCCUGCUAGCUAGCUAAGUGGGCUAACGGUAGCUGACUGGCGUCAACAACCGAGCAGCUGAUUGCGGAUGGCCGGUGUCUCUGUAUUGGACAUGGAGACGCCUUCAUGCCCUCCGGUCCCUGUGCACCAGAACGGGACUGCUCACCGGGAGCCUCGGGGGUCCAGGCCAGCCACUGCUCCGGUGCUGCGGGUCCACCUCUACCACAGCAGCCUGGCUGGGCUAGACUCAACCCCCCUCAGCUACCCACCGGGGGACUACGUGGUCGAGCAACUGUGUGUCAAUGCAGCGAAGGAGUGCAGUGUGUCGCCUCUGUACUGCAGCCUGUUUGGGCUCUUCAGAGAGAGAGACGGCAUGUGGUUCUCCCCGAACCAUGUCUUCCAGCUAGAUGAAUAUGCCAAUGAAGACAUGGUCUUCAGAAUAAGGUACUAUUUCCCUGGCUGGUACAGCAGUGGAGCUACGAGGGCAUAUCGGUAUGGAGUCACCAAGGGCUCUGAGAGUCCUGUCCUCGAUGACUUUGUCAUGGCAUACCUCUUUGCCCAGUGGAGGAGUGACUUUGUGAAUGGCUGGGUGAAGAUCGCCAACACACAUGAGACUCAGGAGGAGUGCCUUGGCAUGGCUGUGUUGGACAUGAUGAGGACAGCCAAGGAAAGACAAAUGUCUCCGCUGGAUAUCUACAAUUCCAUAAGCUACAAGUCCUUCUUGCCCAAGGAAAUGAGGGCUCACAUCCAGGACUGCAACUUCGUGACCAGGAAGAGGAUCCGCUACCGCUUCAAGAAGUUCAUCCAGCAGUUCAGCCAGUGCCGGGCUACGGCACGCGACCUGAAGCUCAAAUACCUCAUCAACAUGGAGUCUCUCGAGCAGGCAUUCUACACAGAACGCUUCCAGGUCAGGGAAUCCUCGGUAGGGCAGGUCACCAUCAUCGUGACGGCUGAUCAUGGCAUCCAGUGGUGCAGAGACGGGCACAAAGACUCUGAGCAGGACCUGCAGACCUACUGUGAUUUUCCAGACGUUACUGACAUCAGUAUUAAACACGCCAAUAAGGAGGGCUCGAUGGAGAGUCGAGUGGUUACCAUCAAUAAACAAGACGGCAAGACUCUGGAGCUGGAGUUCAAUUGCCUUUCUGAAGCUCUGUCCUUUAUAUCGCUGAUUGAUGGCUACUAUCGUUUGACGACAGAUGCACACCACUACCUCUGUAAAGAAGUGGCACCCCCUGCACUGGUGGAGGCCAUUACCAGCCACUGUCAUGGUCCCAUUUCAAUGGAUUUUGCAAUUAAUAGACUGCAAAAAUCUGGGAACAAGCGGGGUCUGUACAUCCUGCGAUGCAGCCCGAAGGACUUUAACAAAUACUUUUUGACCUUCACCGUGGGGGUAUACGAUGGCAUUGAGUACAAGCACUGCCAGAUCACUAAGGCUGCUAAUGGAGAGUUCAAUCUGAGUGGAACCAAAAGGAACUUCAGCAACCUCCAGGAAUUGCUGAGCUGCUACCAGAAGGAGACUGUGCGCUCUGAUGGCAUCAUUUUCCAGUUCAGCAAGUGUUGCCCACCCAAAUCCAAAGACAAGUCCAGUUUACUGGUAUCCAGGAGUAACAAGGGCUCAGACGUGCCGCUCUCUCCCUCCCUACAGAGACGCAAUAUCAACCAAAUGGUGUUCCACAAGAUCAGGAAAGAGGACCUGGAAUAUACUGAGAGUCAAGGCCAAGGGACAUUCACAAAGAUCUUCAAAGGGGUCCGCAAGGAGCUGGGAGACUACGGGGAGAUGCACCAAACAGACGUCAUCAUGAAAGUCCUGGACAAGGCCCACAGGAACUACUCGGAGUCUUUCUUUGAGGCAGCCAGCAUGAUGAGCCAGCUAUCUCACAAGCACCUGGUGCUGAACUACGGCGUGUGUGUGUGCGGGGAGGAGAAUAUCAUGGUGCAGGAGUAUGUGAAGUUUGGCUCCCUGGACACAUACCUGAAGAAGAACAAAAACUCAGUCAACAUCUUGUGGAAGCUUCAAGUGGCCAAGCAGCUUGCCUGGGCCAUGCACUUCCUGGAGGAAAAGAACCUUGUUCAUGGGAAUGUCUGUGCCAAGAACGUCCUGCUGAUCCGGGAAGAGGAUCGGAAAACUGGGAAUCCCCCCUUCAUCAAGCUGAGUGACCCUGGUGUCAGCAUCACUGUCCUGCCCAAAGAUAUUUUGGUUGAGCGAAUCCCCUGGGUGCCUCCUGAAUGUAUUGAGGAUUCUACCAACCUGAGCCUUGCAGCAGACAAGUGGAGCUUUGGCACAACGCUGUGGGAGAUCUGCAGUGGAGGGGAGAAACCACUGGCGACACUGGACAACUCUAAGAAAAACCUAUUUUACGAGGACCGCCAUCAGCUGCCUGCUCCUAAGUGGACUGAGCUUGCUAACCUGAUCACCAGCUGCAUGGACUACGAGCCCACGUUCAGACCCUCUUUCAGGGUCAUCAUCAGGGACCUCAACAGCCUGUUCACACCUGAAUAUGAGCUGAUUGUGGAGAGUGACCUCCUGCCAAACAGAACAGCAGCGUCACCAUGGGUCACUGGGGCUUUUGAGAACCAGGAGCCAGUCCAGUUUGAGGAGAGACACCUCAUCUUCCUACAGCAGUUAGGCAAGGGUAACUUUGGCAGUGUGGAGAUGUGCCGGUACGACCCACUCCAGGACAACACGGGGGAGGUUGUGGCUGUGAAGAAGCUUCAGCACAGCACGGCAGAGCACAUGCGGGACUUUGAGCGGGAGAUCGAGAUCCUCAAGUCUCUUCAGCAUGAGAAUAUCGUCAAAUACAAAGGAGUGUCUUACAGCGCAGGCCGGAGAAACCUGCGACUGAUCAUGGAAUACCUGCCCUAUGGGAGUCUGAGAGAUUACCUCAUCAAGAACAAGCAGAGAAUAGACCACAUGAAACUGGUGCAUUAUACCGCUCAGAUAUGCAAGGGUAUGGAGUACCUGGCAACCAAGCGCUACAUCCACAGAGAUCUGGCAACCCGGAACAUCUUGGUAGAGAGUGAGCUGAGGGUGAAGAUAGGGGACUUUGGCCUGAGCAAAGUCCUGCCCCAGGACAAGGAGUACUAUAUGGUCAAGGAGCCUGGAGAGAGCCCCAUCUUCUGGUAUGCCCCAGAGUCUUUGACGGAAAGCAAGUUCUCUGUGGCUUCUGACAUCUGGAGCUUUGGCGUAGUGCUCUAUGAACUGUUCACCCACAGCGACAAGAACUGCAGCCCUCCUGCAAUGUUCAUGGGCAUGAUGGGUAAUGACAAGAAGGGCCAGCUGAUUGUUUAUCAUCUCAUUGAGCUCCUCAAGUCGGGCAGCAGGCUGCCUCAACCUGUGGGCUGUCCCAUGGAGAUGCAUGAGAUAAUGCAGGAAUGCUGGGAUAAAGACCCAUGUUUGCGGCCCUCAUUCAAGGAGCUGGCCCUGCGUGUCGACCUGUUCCGUGACAGCAAGGAUACGUAGACAGACAAACACCCUAAGUGCCCCUCUUCUAAGAGACUGUUUUUCUGCAUUCACUUGGUUGCCGUGUGUGUGUGUGUGUGUGUGUGUGUGUGUGUGUGUGUGUGUGUGUGUGUGUGUGUGUGUGUGUGUGUGUGUGUGUGUGUGUGUGUGUGUGUGUGUGUGUGUGUGUGUGUGUGUGUGUGUGUGUGUGACCGCCCCCCCUGUCCUUUUGCAGUGUGGCAAUAGAUUGGACUGAGAACAAGAUCUUCUACCAGGACACUAUAGAGACACUUGUAUCAAACAAGGUCUCAUUUCUCUUGAGUGUGUUUUUUAUUUUCUUCUCCAGCCCUUUGUUUUCUAAGCUAGCAGGGCUAGCCUUCACCUUUCUGUCCCCCCAUCUGAAAAUUGAAAGUAUGCUGGACUGAUGGAACGGAAUGUUUCUUCUUUUUAUUUGUGUCGUUUUAUGUAUGUAUAUACAUAUAUUUGUGUACAUAUGUCAAGAGGAUUUUAUAAUUUUAUAAAAUGAAAAGAAUUCACUGCAGUCUGUAUUUGAAAUGUUAGACAAGAAGUCAGUGUAAAUGAAGUACAUUUAGAGAUUUAAAAAUCCAUUGAUUUAAAAUUCCAUUGUGAAGCAGGUGUUGUAAGAUUAAAAUAUAUAUCCAUGCUAUAUGAAAUAGGGUUGUAGAAUGUUUUUCAAAAACCCGUUAGUGGGGUCAGUAAUUUCUUCUGCUGGCCUUACAGUCAAUAAUACUAUGUUCAAGGUCAGUACAGAUUAUAGGACUCUUCUGAUACUUUGUACACAGGCAGAACUCUGCUUGAGGAUAGUUCAACAGUAGUUGAGAGUGUGACACUCAUUCCUUCCAUAUCCCAUGUCCAUUCUAAAAAUAUCCCUUGAACCGAACAGGCUACUCAUCAUAUCACUCCUCAAAUCACAAGUUCUCUUUCAUUUGUAUAGGGUCACACUAUCAGUAUAAUCUUAGUGUGACAUGAGCUCUUCAAUUUCACUAGUUGGGUUUGUCAGCUAACAUUGAACUCUAUCAAGACAUUAUGGUGCAUAGUCCUACACAAUCCCUUUCAAAUACUUGACACCACUUGCCUUUAAGUUCCUAGAGAUACUUUAUUUUUCCUAGAGCUACUUUAUUAUUGCAACAUCUCAUGCAUUUUCUCCCCACGUCAUUACAAAAUGGGAGUGUUACAAACUAGUGUAUCAAAUCCAGGGGUCACAACUGGUCAAUGAAUAAACCCAGGUACAAGUUUACUGACGUUUUUCAAAGAUUAUAACAGAUUCUUCUAUUUGUUCAAAUGUGUCUACAUGCAUUCCCCUCCAUAUGUAUUUGGACAUUGAAUAAUUAUAUAUUUUUUGCUUUAUAUUCCAUACUUUAUACUUUGGAUUUGAGAUCAAAUGUUUCAUAUGAAGCGACAGUACAGAAUGCCAGAUCUUAUUUGAGGGUAUUUUCAUACAUACAGUGCCUUCAGAAAGUAUUCACAACCCUUGACUUUUUCAACAUUUUGUUACAGCCUGAAUUUAAAAUGGAUUAAAUUGGAUUGUGUGUCACUGAUCUACACACAAUACCCCAUAAUGUCAAAGUGGAAUUAUGUUUUUAGAAGUUUUUACAAAUUAAUUAAAAAUUAAAAGCUGGAA